AUGGAGGAGUUAGUGGGGCUGCGUGAGGGGUCUCCAGGGAACCCUGUAACUCUGCGGGAGCUGUGGAGCCCAUGUCCCCGAAUUCGAAAAGGCAUCCGAGAUGGCCUGGGAUGGCUGAAGCAGAAGCUGUUCCGUGAAGGUGAAGACUGGCACCUCCUGAUGACUUUAGGGGUGCUAAUGGCCCUCAUCAGCUAUACCAUGAACUUCGCUGUCAACCGUGUGGUUCGAGCGCACAAGUGGCUAUACCGGGAGAUUGGGGACAGCCACCUACUCCGGUAUCUCUCCUGGACUGUGUACCCCGUGGCCCUCGUCUCCUUCUCCUCGGGUUUCUCCCAAAGCAUCACGCCGUUCUCUGGAGGUUCUGGAAUCCCGGAACUGAAAACCAUCCUGUCUGGUGUGAUCUUGGACGAUUACCUGGAUAUCAAGAACUUCGGGGCCAAGGUGGUGGGCCUCAGCUGCACCCUGGCCAGCGGCAGCACUGUGUUCCUGGGCAAAGUGGGCCCCUUCGUGCACCUAUCGGUGAUGAUUGCCGCCUACCUGAGCCGCGUGCGUCUCAAGGCCACCAAAGAGUCUGAGAACAGGAGGAAGCAAAAGGAAAUGCUGGUAGUGGCUGCGGCCGUGGGCGUGGCCACAGUCUUCGCGGCGCCCUUCAGUGGCGUCCUGUUCAGCAUCGAGGUCUUGUCUUCCCACUAUUCCGUCUGGGAUUACUGGAGGUGCUUCUUUGCGGCCACCUGCGGAGCCUUCAUGUUCCGCCUCCUGGCUGUCUUCAACAGCGAGCAGGAGACCAUCACUUCCCUCUUCAAAACCGGUUUCCGGGUGGAUGUCCCCUUUGACCUGCCUGAGAUCUUCUUCUUUGUGGUGUUGGGGGCCAUCUGUGGCAUUCUCAGCUGUGCAUACCUCUUCUGCCAGCGAACUUUCCUAGGCUUCAUCAGGACCAAUCGCUUCACCUCCAAAUUGAUGGCCACCAGCAAGCCCGUGUACUCCACCCUGGCCACCUUGAUCCUUGCCUCCAUCACCUAUCCUCCUGGUGUGGGCCGCUUCAUGGCCUCUCGGCUGUCCAUGAAGGAGCACCUGGACUCCCUGUUUGAUAACAACUCGUGGGCACUCAUCACCCGGAACUCAUCCCCACCCUGGCCUGCAGAGCCUGACCCCCAGAACCUGUGGUUUGAGUGGUACCACCCGCAGUUCACCGUCUUUGGGACUCUUGCCUUCUUCCUAGUUAUGAAGUUCUGGAUGCUGAUUUUGGCCACCACGAUCCCCAUACCUGCUGGGUACUUCAUGCCCAUCUUUAUCUUUGGAGCUGCCACUGGGCGCCUCAUAGGGGAGGCCCUCUCUGUUGCCUUCCCCGAGGGUAUCAUAGCUGGAGGGAUCACCUACCCCAUCAUCCCUGGGGGUUAUGCCCUGGCAGGGGCUGCGGCCUUCUCAGGGGCAGUGACCCACACCAUCUCCACGGCUAUACUGGCCUUUGAAUUGACUGGCCAGAUUGUGCACGCACUGCCUGUGUUGUUGGCUGUGCUGGCAGCCAAUGCCAUUGCCCAAAGCUGCCAGCCCUCAUUCUACGAAGGCACUAUCAUCGUGAAGAAGCUGCCAUUCCUGCCAUGGAUCAGAGGCCGCAACAUCGGCAACCACCCGGUGAUUGUGGAGCACUUCAUGAAUGGUGCUAUCACUGUGCUGGCCAAGGACAUGUCUAUGGAGGAGGUGGUCAAGGUCGUGACCUCCACAGACGUGGCUGAGUACCCCCUGGUGGAGAGCACAGAAUCUCAAAUCCUUAUGGGUGUUGUACGAAGGGCCCAGUUGCUGCAGGCCCUCCAGGCUGAGCCACCUUCCUGGGUUCCGGAACACCAGCGGUGUCUCCAGGAUAUCUUGGCUAGGAGCUGUCCCAUGGAGCCUGUGACCCUUCAUUUGUCCCCAGAGACCUCCUUACACCAGGCACACAACCUCUUCGAGCUGAUGAACCUUCAUUCCCUCUUUGUGACGUUGCGAGGCAAAGCUGUGGGCUUCGUGUCCUGGGUGGAGUUGAAGAAAGCAAUUUCUAACCUGACGAAUCCACCGGCCCCAAAGUGA